AUGCACUUUGAAGGAAAACUAACGGUUAAAAUAGAUUUGCAAGGCCCAGUGCUGUUCCCAAAUGACUCACCGCCACCACCGCGUCCACCGCUCAUCGUCACCUCACGACCGCUCACCGAGUCCAUAUCCCGGAGCGAGCUCAACAAUUCAUUAGCUCAGUCCAGUCAGCUCAGCAACGUGGUCAGACCGUACCUAGCGAGGAUCAAGGACUACAGACCGUACAAUUACGCUGUAGCGACCACAGCUCCGUUUGUAGCGGAUUACUUGAAACCUGAGAGCAGAUAUGAUUAUGCGCUCAGCAAUGUGGUCAGACCGUACCUAGCGAGGAUCAAGGACUACAGACCGUACAAUUACGCUGUAGCGACCACAGCACCGUUCGUAGCGGAUUACUUGAAACCUGAGAGCAGAUACGAUUAUGAGGAUGGUGUAUGUAGGAGUCUUGACGGCGAUGUGUGGACUGUAGUUUACGAUGAAAUAAAACUCCCAGUGUUCUGUAUCGAAGAAAAUCGGUGGGCGCUGGAUCGAACGCAGUUGCCUCCGAUCUACAAGGCUCUCUCCAACCACGCAAAGCAAGAAGUCAUCGAUGUGCGCAGACAAAAUCUGAAAAACCAACAAAAUUACGAGGCGGUCGCUAGUAAACUUCUAAAAGACUGGAGGUUUGUUGAUGACACCGGCGUUGGAGAUGGUUUGAGUAAUGUACAAACCGUGCCCGUAGAGGAGCCAUAUCAUCAUCGCCAUAAUACAAAUUACAAGGAUGAUCCCAGCAAUGAUGACUACGAUCAGAACAAGAACUAUGCCUUCUCCUAUACAGUAAAAGAUCAGAAGACUGGCGAUGAUUUUUCUCAUUCCCAACACAGUAGUGGCUCAGCAACGAACGGAGAAUACAGGGUUCGACUCCCCGACGGAAGAAUGCAAAUAGUUUCUUACACAGCCGACGAAAAUGGCUACCAAGCCGACGUGAGAUAUGACGAUGAAGACAAAACAGCCGCAAAUUCAAUUGACAACAAUUUUAACAGUUACAACGGUGACAGGAACCAUAAUAACGGAAACAGUAACAACGAUCACGAUUAUAUAGAAAUCAAGAAUCGUUACAACGAUUUUAACGAUAAAAAUGAUUAUCAACAGAAAACUUAUAAAGCUGAUGUAGAAGAAUACAAACCGCCAGCGAAUAAAGACUAUUACAACCAAUACACAGAUUUGUCCAAAGAAUAUUACAAUGAUGAUUUGUCUACGGAAUAUGAAAGUAAAAGCUACGAUUACGCACCGCACAAGAGUAAAUUCGCAUCUUUCGUUGACAAUAAAAAUGUUGAUCCUAACAAAUUCGUUUCCAAUAACAAUGUAGCUUUUGGUUCUACUGUAACACCGUCGUACGAGCAACUCAAAGACUUAUUGGUGACUAAGAAAGCAUAUAAUACAGUGCAGCCAUAUUUGAGCAAUAUUCCCGUUGAAAUUAACGUACCAUCAACGACGCCCAAUUACGAUUUCACCACAGAAAGAGUAGUUCUUAUUGGAGGAAAGAAACCUAGUUUGUAUACUAGUGUGAGUAGCAGUUUAGCUCCAAUAAUCAACGCUGGUUAUGUAACAGCCACUCCUUCGCCAGUCACUUACAAUAAUUACGUGGUAUCAUCAACGCCCAGAAACUAUUUAGUCUCAACGAUAGAUAGGUUGAGAAACCAAGUGGACUUGUCCGGUUCGAAACCAGUGUUGUCCAACAGUUAUAUCGAUAGGAUAAAUAAAUAUUUGCGUUUCAAUUAGUCGAUAUUAUGAGUUUUUCGAUUAACAGUUUCUGGUGCCUACUCAGUAAGAGAUUUUAGUUAAUAUGUUAUUGCUGGAAUAAUUUCACGUUAUAUUUAUUUAAGAAUAAUAACUGCAUUGAAUUAAAAAACCACAUUAUUUAUUUAUUCCGAAUUAGCAGCAUUAAACAAUGACUGCAUCAUAGGUAUCAAUAAUAUUAUUAUAUUUGACGAAUAACGUAUUUCUGCUCAAUAUUACACAAAUUCAUGGCCCUGCCAAAUUGUCCCAAUUAAAAGCAAAAAUAAUAAGUAAUAUAUAUAUAUUACUAUUUUUUAUAUGUAUAUAUUUUAUAUAUAUAGUGUCAUCAUCAUUAGCUUAUUAAUGUAUACAUUAUUGCAUUUGGCACUGCAAACCUCGUAAAGAAUAUAUAGAGAGAUAUUACAUAGGUAGCUAUGUAUAUGAUAUGUGAUUUCUGAAAUGAUAUAUAAUUAACAACUAUAUAAAGUGUUCCGGGUUUUAAUAUAAAUGUUUCAAAUAAAUCCUUGAUAGUUAUGUGUGUAAUAACGAAUUAAGACUAGAGUGAUAAUAUUAGAAUGAAAGUGAAGCAAAAAGUUACCAUUAGAUAUUUAGGUAAAUAUACUUAAUUAUUUAUUUUGUAUUUUUUACACGAUUGUAUACAAUAAAAAUAAUGU